GCAGCGAGAGCGGCGCCGCCAUGGAGGCCACCGGGGUGCUGCCGUUCGUGCGCGGCGUGGACCUCAGCGGCAACGACUUCAAGGGUGGCUACUUCCCUGAGAAUGUCAAGUCCAUGACAAGCCUACGAUGGCUGAAGCUGAACCGCACAGGCCUCUGCUACCUGCCCGAGGAGCUGGCCGCCCUGCAGAAGCUGGAGCACCUGUCCGUGAGCCACAACAACCUCACCACGCUUCACGGGGAGCUGUCCAGCCUGCCCUCUCUGCGGGCCAUCGUGGCUCGAGCCAACCAGCUGAAGAACUCCGGGGUCCCUGACGACAUCUUCAAGUUGGAGGACCUUUCCGUCCUGGACCUGAGCCACAACCAGCUGACCGAGUGCCCGCGGGAGCUGGAGAACGCCAGGAACAUGCUGGUGCUCAACCUCAGCCACAACAGCAUCGACACCAUCCCCAACCAGCUGUUCAUCAACCUCACGGACCUGCUGUACCUGGACCUCAGUGAGAACCGGCUGGAGAGCCUGCCCCCGCAGAUGCGCCGCCUGGUGCACCUGCAGACGCUGGUGCUCAAUGGAAACCCGCUGCUGCACGCACAGCUCCGGCAGCUCCCGGCCAUGACAGCCCUGCAGACGCUGCACCUGCGCAACACCCAGCGCACCCAGAGCAACCUGCCCACCAGCCUGGAGGGCCUGAGCAACCUCGCAGACGUGGACCUGUCGUGCAACGACCUGACCAGGGUGCCCGAGUGCCUGUACACCCUGCCCAGCCUACGCCGCCUCAACCUUAGCAGCAACCAGAUCCCGGAGCUGUCCCUGUGCAUCGACCAGUGGGUGCACCUGGAGACCCUGAACCUGUCCCGAAACCAGCUCACCUCCCUGCCCUCGGCCAUCUGCAAGCUGACCAAGCUGAAGAAGCUGUACCUGAACUCCAACAAGCUGGACUUCGAUGGGCUGCCCUCCAGCAUCGGCAAGCUGAGCAGCCUGGAGGAGUUCAUGGCCACCAACAACAACCUGGAGCUGAUCCCGGAGAGCCUCUGCAGGUGCCCGAAGCUGCGGAAGCUGGUCCUGAACAAGAACCGCCUGGUGACCCUCCCGGAGGCCAUCCACUUCCUCACGGAGAUCCAGGUCCUGGACGUGCGCGAGAACCCCAGCCUGGUGAUGCCGCCCAAGCCGGCCGACCGAGCCGCCGAGUGCUACAACAUCGACUUCUCGCUGCAGAACCAGCUGCGGCUGGCGGGCGCCUCCCCUGCCACGGUGGCCGCGGCCGCAGCCGCAGGGAGCGGGCCCAAGGAUCCCCUGGCUCGCAAGAUGCGGCUCCGGAGACGCAAGGACUCGGCCCAGGAUGACCAGGCUAAGCAGGUGUUGAAGGGCAUGUCGGACGUGGCCCAGGAGAAGAACAAGAAACAGGAGGAGAGCGCGGAGGCGCGGACCUCGGCGGCCAAGGCGCGGCGCUGGGACCAGGGCCUGGAGAAGCCGCGCCUGGACUACUCGGAGUUCUUCACAGAGGACGUGGGCCAGCUGCCCGGGCUGACCGUCUGGCAGAUCGAGAACUUCGUGCCGGUGCUGGUGGAGGAGGCCUUCCACGGCAAGUUCUACGAAGCCGACUGCUACAUCGUGCUCAAGACCUUCCUGGACGACAGCGGCUCCCUGAACUGGGAGAUCUACUACUGGAUCGGCGGGGAGGCCACGCUGGACAAGAAGGCUUGCUCUGCCAUCCACGCCGUCAACCUGCGCAACUGCCUGGGCGCCGAGUGCCGCACCGUGCGGGAGGAGAUGGGGGAGGAGAGCGAGGAGUUCCUGCAGGUUUUUGACAAGGACAUCUCCUACAUCGAGGGUGGCACGGCCAGCGGCUUCUACACCGUGGAGGACACGCACUACGUCACCAGGAUGUACCGCGUGUACGGGAAGAAAAAUGUCAAGUUGGAGCCUGUGCCGCUCAAAGGGACCUCCCUGGACCCCAGGUUCGUUUUCCUACUGGACCACGGGCUGGACAUCUACGUGUGGCGGGGGACGCAGGCCACGCUGAGCAGCACCACCAAGGCCAGGCUGUUCGCAGAGAAAAUUAACAAAAAUGAGCGCAAAGGCAAGGCAGAAAUCACGCUGCUGGUGCAGGGCCAGGAGCCCCCCGAGUUCUGGGAGGUGCUGGGCGGGGAGCCCUCGGAGAUCAAGAAGCACGUGCCCGACGACUUCUGGCCACCCCAGCCCAAGCUGUACAAGGUGGGCCUGGGCCUGGGCUACUUGGAGCUGCCCCAGAUCAACUACAGGCUCUCGGUGGAGCAUAAGCAGCGGCCCAAGGUGGAGCUGAUGCCGGGGAUGCGGCUGCUGCAGAGCCUGCUGGACACGCGCUGCGUGUACAUCCUGGACUGCUGGUCCGACGUGUUCAUCUGGCUCGGCCGCAAGUCCCCGCGCCUGGUGCGCGCCGCCGCCCUCAAGCUGGGCCAGGAGCUGUGCGGCAUGCUGCACCGGCCGCGCCACGCCACGGUCAGCCGCAGCCUGGAGGGCACCGAGGCACAGGUCUUCAAGGCCAAGUUCAAGAACUGGGACGACGUGCUGACGGUGGACUACACGCGCAACGCCGAGGCCGUGCUGCAGGGCCCGGGGCUGUCCGGGAAGGUGAAGCGCGACGCCGACAAGACAGACCAGAUGAAGGCCGACCUCACGGCGCUCUUCCUGCCGCGCCAGCCGCCCAUGCCGCUGGCCGAGGCAGAGCAGCUGAUGGAAGAGUGGAACGAGGACCUGGACGGCAUGGAGGGCUUCGUGCUGGAGGGCAAGAAGUUCGCGCGGCUGCCCGAGGAGGAGUUCGGCCACUUCUACACGCAAGACUGCUACGUGUUCCUCUGCAGGUACUGGGUACCCGUGGAGUACGAGGAGGACAAGAAGGCAGACCCGGAGGAGGAGGGGGAGGAGAAGGCGGCGGAGGAGCAGCCGCCGGAGGAGGACUUCCAGUGCACCGUGUACUUCUGGCAGGGCCGCGAGGCCUCCAACAUGGGCUGGCUCACCUUCACCUUCAGCCUGCAGAAGAAGUUCGAGAGCCUGUUCCCCGGCAAGCUGGAGGUGGUGCGCAUGACGCAGCAGCAGGAGAACCCCAAGUUCCUGGCCCACUUCAAGAGGAAGUUCAUCAUCCACCGCGGCAAACGGAAGGCGGCGCAGGGCGCCCCGCAGCCAAGCCUGUACCAGAUCCGCACCAAUGGCAGCGCCCUCUGCACGCGGUGCAUCCAGAUCCACACGGACUCCAGCCUGCUCAACUCCGAGUUCUGCUUCAUCCUCAAGGUCCCCUUUGAGAGCGAGGACAACCAAGGGAUUGUGUACGCCUGGGUGGGCCGGGCGUCUGACCCGGACGAGGCCAAGCUGGCGGAAGACAUCCUCAACACCAUGUUCGACGCCGCCUACAGCAAGCAGGUCAUCAACGAGGGGGAGGAGCCCGAGAACUUCUUCUGGGUGGGCAUCGGGGCCCAGAAGCCCUACGACGAUGACGCCGAGUACAUGAAGCACACGCGGCUCUUCCGGUGCUCCAACGACAAGGGCUACUUCGCCGUGACGGAGAAGUGCUCCGACUUCUGCCAGGACGACCUGGCCGACGACGACAUCAUGUUGCUGGACAACGGCCGGGAGGUCUACAUGUGGGUGGGCACCCAGACCAGCCAGGUGGAGAUCAAACUGAGCCUGAAGGCCUGCCAGGUAUACAUCCAGCACUUGCGCUCCAAGGAGCAGCCCCGGCGCCUGCGCCUGGUCCGCAAGGGCAACGAACAGCACGCCUUCACCCGCUGCUUCCACGCCUGGAGCACCUUCCGCCAGGCCCCGGCCUAGGCCCGCGCCGGUCCGGGUGAGGAAGGGCCGGCGGCAGCCCCUGCUCCUGUCCCGAGUCUGGGUCCCAGCAGCACACAGCCCCGCAGGUGUCCUGGGAGAGCAGACUCCCCCCCUCCCCCGGGGAUAAAGCACAGGUGGUUGUUCUCUAAGAGAUAGUAAAUGCUUUUAUUUUCAAUAUUAAAAAAA